AUGGAGCAUAGAAUCUACAAUGAGGCGGAGUACAAGGAGAAUCUAGAUAGGCUGUUCAACUACGACUCAGAGGUGUAUGCAGAUGUGAUGAAGACUAAUCCAAUGACUUGGGUUAGAGCUUUCUUCAAGUUGGGGAACUAUUGUGAGGACGUCGAGAACAACUCAACUGAAUCUUUCAACGCCUCCAUUGUUUCUGCCCGUGAAAAGCCAAUGGUACCAAUGUUGGAUACCAUUGCGCGUCUUGCAAUGGUGCGUAUCGCUUCUAGAUAUCUGAUUGCUCAAGAUCACAAGAGCAUAUGCACACCUUACGUGGUUGAUAUACUCGCUUUGGAGCACAAAAAAGCAUCACAGUGUACUGUUUAUAGAAGCACAAAUGGUAUGUGGUUGGUGAAUGUUGAUGCUUGUUCUUACCGUGUCAAUUUGGAGAAGCGAACAUGCACGUGUUCCAAAUGGGAUAUCACUGGGAUCCCUUGUGAACAUGGAUACGGUGUCAUCUUGGAUAGGAAACUAGAGGCUGAGGAUUUUGUGUGUCACUGGUUUCGGACCACAAUGUGGAGGAGGACAUACGAAGAAGGCAUAACACCAUUAAGAGGAGCACGAUUUUGGCCAACUUCUUCAGCCCCUGAAGUGCAUCCAGCUCCUGAGCCAGACCAGCCUGGUCGCAAAAAGAAGAAAGACAACAAAAGGAAAAAGGGCAAAAAUGAGUCUCCUGUGAAGAAGAAACCGAAGACGUUGAAGCGCAUUAUGCAUUGUGGACUUUGUGGUGCGCCUAACCACAAUAUUCGUUUUCAUAAGGAGGGACCCCAUAAGAAGGCUCCACAAGCUGAACCAUCUCAAACCUUUGCUAGUCAAGGUGAAUCCUCUCAAGCUUGA